AUGCUUUCCGAAGGUGAUGAUGUUUGGGCUUCAGAUGAAGAUAUAUCUGAAUAUGAUAGAAUAAUGUCUUUAAAAGAAUGGGAACGUAUGAAUGAAAAUUUCGGAAAUUUUGGAUAUAAAGAGGGAAUUUUAGAAGGAAAAGAUGUUACAAUUCAAGAUGGAUUCAAUAACGGAUAUGUUGAAGGAGUAAAUUUGGGCAUGGAAUUUGGUAGAUUAAGAGGGUUGUUAAAUACCUUAUUGGAGCUUUACACGCCUUUGAUGAAUGAAGAAAAUAAUGAUAAACUCAAAAUCCAAAAUUUACCAAAUCGUUCGACUUUUGAUAGAUUAAAAUUGUUAGAAAAUGAUCUUUAUAAUUUGACAGCCGAAAAGGUUUUUACGAAAGAUUAUCUUCGAAAUAUUGUAUCUUCUCAAAAUGAUAAAUGUAGUUGUAUGUCAGAUACAACAAACACCGUAAAAGAUAAUUGUUGUAGGAAUAUUACAAGUGAAAAUAAGGAUGAAGGAAAACGGAUCAAUAAUCUUGGAGAUAACAUUAAAUCAAAUCAGAGCUUAACCGAAAAGUUAUUGAAUGAUUAUAGAGAGAAGGUUGACGAGUUAUUAGAGGAACUUGGAUUUGAUAAAAGUUCAGUUUAA